GGAGCUCUCUGAUCAACCGGGACACAGAAGACAGUCACCCCGGGGCGCCCAGGCCAUGCACCCCGGGGCGCCCGCCGCCCCUGGAGUGUCGGAGCCCACCCCCCGUGAGCUGUGCGCCUUUGUGAGCAGGGCGGCCACCCACAUGCUGCGGGCCCUGCACCCCCGGCGGGCCCGGCCCCCCAAAAGGAGGCCCAACCACCGGCGGUUCCUGCACAAUCAGGUCUGCAGGCAGUUUGCCAGGAUCGAGGCUGCCACCCAGCGCCUGGCCCUGUCCAUCCUGUCCCAGGAGGCGCCUCCCCGGAGACCGCUGCCCCGCAGACCGCCCCCACCACCCCCGUCUCCCUUCCUGGGCGUGGCCCGCGCCCUGGCCCCCAGCGAGGAGGCGCCCCGGGCCGGCCCCCGCCUGAGCCUGGCCGCGCUGGAGGCCUCCGGCCUGGACCUCCUCCCCAGCAUCGCGCUCUCCCCGGAGCCGGAGCCGCCCCCGGUGCCCGCCGGCCCUUCCCGGCCUGCAGGCGGCCAGCCAGACCUCCCUGGGGGCCUGCGUCCCUGCGACCCGCUGCCCCUGCCCCUUCAGAAGGAGCAGCACAGCGAGAACCGGGCCUUUGCACUGUCCCUGACACCCCCCCGCCAAGCCCCUGCUGCCUCCGAGCCUGCCCGGGGCAGCUAUACAUAG